AUUAGACGGAUCCGUAAAAGGUUGGUACAGAUACUACAUCGUUUUCUUCUCCUCUUCUCUUAAAAGUUAAAAGGAUGAAACUGAGAUAGGCGGCGGCGUAGUCUGAAUCGAACUUGAGAGAAACAAUAUAGUUCUUCCUUUAUUCUUCACCUAAAGCAAAGUGACGUGGAAGCGAAAAAAAAGUAAAGAUGAACGACGACAUGAACGAAGUGCUGAACAGAUUCAAGGAAGAGAGAGAGCAGCUGAUGAAAACAUUUACCGAAGGGUACAAGAAGCUACUCAAGGACAAGGACGAAGAGCUCGAGAAAAUGUUCAAGGACAAGAACGAAGAGCUCGAAGAAGCAAUGAAGGAAGAGCGUAGCGAGUUUGAAGAUCUAGAGUAUAUAAACACGGCGCUCUGCAUCAAAUUACGCCAAACCAAUGAUGAGAUCCAAGAAGCACACCAAGAAUUAAUUACUGGAUUGAGAGGCUUAUCGGGGGGUGAAAGAUCCACGAUCGGAGUAAAGACGAUGGGACAAGUUGAUGAAAAGCCUUUCCUGAGAGUAUGCGAGCAGAGAUUCAGUGGCCAAGACGUUGCGCUGCAAAGCGCCAGGCUUUGCUCGGAAUGGCAGGAACGCGUCGGUGAUCCACGAUGGCAGCCAUUUAAAAUUCAGACAUGUGGAGAUAAAUUUGAGGAGGUUGUGGAUGAGGAAGAUGAGGAACUUAAGAAACUGAGCGAAGAGUGGGGAGAAGAUGCGAAGAAGGCAGUUAAGACAGCACUCGAGGAGAUGAACGAGUUUAACGCAAGUGGUCGUUUUAUAGUUCCUGUACUGUGGAAUUUUGGACAUGGGAGAAGAGCAACACUCAAGGAAGGGAUUGCUGCUCACGUGAAGCAUCAGAUCAACACUCUUAAACGCAAACGAACCUGAAAGCAAGCAAAGCAAUAUUGAUCCUGUUGAUUGGUGGUUGUAAAAAUGUUUGAACCUCUUUUCGUUAGUCUGUGUUUCUCAUUUUGUAUUUCAUUAACUAAAACCCAUGGACGGUUCUUUUUGGAACUUUCGCUUCUGUAUUUCCUAUGAAUAUAAACUAGAUUAAGCUCGUA